AUGGCGCUCUCCACGCUCCUACUGCCCUCCUCCUCCUCCACCGCCGCCGACACCUCCGACCGCCGCCGCGGCCAGCAGCCGCAGAACCACCACAGCAAGCGCAAGAAGAAGCCGCCGGCGCUGCCGCCCCCGCUCUCCCCCGCGCCGAGGACUCCCGGCCGACGCCAUCUUGCCGCCACCGGGACGCCUUCCAGGAAGAGCCCCGCCCUCGCCGCGCCCACCGCCGGCGCCAAGGCCAGGCUCGUCGCGUCCAAGGACCACCGUCAACGCCGCAGUGGCUCGAAGAAGGCGACUGCGCAGAAGCCCGCGCGGCCGGCGUCGUCGUGGGAGCAGCUGAAGAGCCUGCUGAGCUGCCGGAGCGCGACGGCGGCCGCGCGCGUGCACGACCCGGCCGCCCUCGCGCGGGGGCCCGGCGCGGGAGGGUACUGGGGGACAUCGCUCUGCUCCAUGCGCGACGUGGCCACCGUCGACGGCGCCUCCUCGGCCGCCUCCGUCGUCGUGGACCACCGCGACACCGCCCCGCUCAACCGCUCCUCCCGCCGCGCCCACCACUCCUCGUCGUCGGCAGCGGGCGGCGGCGGGCACCCGUCCUCCCUCCGCGGCCUCUCCGGCUGCUACGAGUGCCGCGCCAUCAACGUCGAGCCCGUCUCAAGGAGGUACCCUCGGCCGAGGGAGCUGUGUCCGUGCUCGCAGUGCGGCGAGGUGUUCACCAAGGCCGACAGCUUGGAGCAGCACCAAGCCGUCCGCCAUGCCGUGUCGGAGCUGGGGCCGGAGGACUCCGGGCGGAACAUCGUGGAGAUCAUCUUCAAGUCGAGCUGGCAGAAGCGGGACCGCCCCAUCUGCCACAUCGACCGCAUCCUCAAGGUCCGCAACCCGCCCCGCACCGUCGCCCGCUUCGAGGCCUACCGCGACGCCGUGCGCGCCCGCUGCCGCGCCGACGUCUCCGCGGGAGGCGGCGGCGCCACGCGCGCCGCGGCCGACGGCAACGAGCUGCUGCGGUUCCACCCGGCCGCGCUCGCCUGCGAGCUCGGCGCCGACGGCUCCACCUCGCUGUGCGCGUCCUGCGACGAUGGUGACGCCGACGGUAAGACGGCGGCCGCGGCGUGCGGGGUGUGCGCGGCGAUCCGGCACGGGUUCGCGCCCUGGGCCGGCGCGCACCCGCUGGGCGUGCGCACCACAGCGAGCAGCGGCCGCGCGCACGACGUCUGCGGUGCCGAAGCGGUGGGAGCGCCGGGGUGGCGGGCGAUGCUGGUGUGCCGGGUGAUCGCCGGGCAGGUGCGACGGCGGGACGGGGACGAGGAUGGGGAGGAGAAGGAGGUUGAGGCUGGGCCGUUCGACUCGGUGGCCGGCGACGACGCGGGCGGCGCGUACGGGGUGCUGGAGGAGCUGUUCGUGGCCAACCCCAGGGCCAUCCUGCCGUGCUUCGUCGUGGUGUACCGCGUCGACGUGGACGCACAAUGA